AAGAAGGACAUACGAAGAUAUAAUAGUAAAAAGAGGCAGAGGAAGAAGAGGAGGAGGCUGGGCGAGGAACCUUCCAGAGGCGGGACUGUCCCAAGGUGUCAUGGCGGCUGUUUACACCUGAGACGCGCCAGCCAAAACUCGGGUCAAUUAAUAAGUGGUGAAGGAAAAUGUCCAACAUCCACCUGGGGCUACCAUACCCUGGGGGAGUUGUCGACCACUCCAGCAACCUGGCCAAUGACAUAGGUGUGCUGUACCUAAAUGAUGAGUACAGUGAUGUCACCCUCCAGGUCAACGGCCAGGCUUUCCACGCACACAAAGUCAUCCUGGCUGCCCGCAGCCAAUACUUCAGAGCUCUGCUCUUUGGGGGCCUCCGAGAGAGUCACCAGGCUGAAGUUGAGAUCAAGGAUACUAACCUGACUGCUUUCAAGGUCCUUCUCAAGUACAUUUAUACUGGCUGGGUCAGCCUUGGCUCAGAAAAGGAGGAGACAGUCUUGGAGAUACUCGGAUUAGCUCACCAGUACGGCUUUGAGGACCUGGAGUCUGCCAUCUGUGACUAUCUGAAGGAUGCUCUCUGUAUCCCCAACGUGUGUGUGAUCUACGACAUGGCAGCACUCUACUCCCUCUGCAACCUGAAGGCUGUGUGUGAGGACUUCAUGGAUAAGAAUGCACUCCCCAUCCUCAACCAUGAGUCCUUCUACUCCCUCUCCCCAUCUGCCCUGAAGUCCAUCAUCAGCCGUGACUCUUUCUGUGCCCCUGAGGUCCACAUCUUCCAGGGCGUUUAUGAAUGGGUGGAGCGCAACACAGACCUCACCCCAGAGCAGAUACAGGAAAUUCUCUCACAGAUCAGGCUGCCCCUCAUCAGCCUUUCUGACCUCCUCAAUGUUGUCCGGCCCACUGGGCUCAUCUCCCCUGACCAGAUCCUUGAUGCCAUUAAGGCCAAGAAUGAGUCGCGGGACAUGGACCUCCAGUACCGGGGAUACCUGAUGCCUGGAGAAAAUGUGGCAGUGCAGAGCAAAGCGGCACAGGUACUGCAAGGAGAGAUGCGUGCCAACCUGCUAGAUGGCAAUGUGUCUAACUAUGACAUGGACCGAGGCUUCACACGACACCCCAUUGAUGACAACAAUGGGCAAGGCAUCCUGGUGAAGCUGGGCAUGCAGUGUAUCAUCAACCACAUGAGGAUGAUGCUUUGGGACAAGGACCAGCGGGGGUACUCGUACUACAUCGAGGUGUCCAUGGACCAAAAGGACUGGGUGCGGGUGGUGGACCACACGCGCUACCACUGCCGGUCUUGGCAGUAUCUUUACUUCCAACCCCGCGUUGUCCGCUACAUUCGCAUUGUCGGCACCAACAACACUGUUAACCGGGUGUUCCAUGUGGUAGCCUUUGAGGCAUAUUACUCCAAGCAAGAAGUGGACCUGCACAAGGGACUCAUAAUUCCUCGAGAGAAUGUGGCACUAGUGACCAAGAGUGCACUGGUCAUCGAGGGAGUUAGUCGUUCGCGCAACAACCUUCUCAACGGAGACAUCCACCACUAUGACUGGGACUCUGGUUACACCUGCCACCAGCUGGGCUCGGGCUCCAUUUGUGUACAACUGGGGCAAGCUUACUGGCUCUCCUCUUGCAAAUUGCUUCUGUGGGACUGUGAUGACCGCUCCUACAGUUAUUACAUUGAGGCCUCCGUCAACAACAGAGACUGGGAGCUCAUUGUUGACAAGACAAGGGAGGCGUGUCGGUCAUGGCAGACUCUCACCUUCCCUGCCAGAGCUAUUGUCUACUUCAAGAUUGUGGGAACUUUCAACACUGCUAAUGAGGUUUUCCACUGCGUCCAUUUCGAGGCACCAGCACAAGUUGGCUCAGAAAACCGUCCCCGUGUGAGAGGCUUUGACCAUGCUGUUGCCCCCGUGCUUCCUCACCCCUUAGGCGGUGGCGGUGAGGAUGGCCAGAAUUCCCCUGCUGGUGCAGAGGCUGUGGUGAUGGAUGACUCCCAUUCUGCAUUAUUGGAGGCUGGACCUGUAAGAGAGAGACUUCACAGUACUGCCAGAUCUGACCAUGAGGAGGGAAGGGUGAGGGAGGAGGGAGCUGUAGGAAGAGUAAGGGAAGAAGGAGCAGUUGGGAGGAUGAGGGAGGAAGGAGCAAUAGGGAGAGUCAGGGAGGAUGGACAAACUGUUUGGGCCAAAGAGGAGGGGGCUGUAGGGAGGAUUAGGGAAGAUAUCAGUGUUGGGGCUGGAAGGAGGGAUGAUAGGAGUGGAGGAGCCAGGCCACGGGAGGAAGGUGAUGCAGGAAGGGUGAAGGAAGAGGGAUCACUAACCAAAGGAUUAAAAGAGGAGCCUGGGGAGUCCUCAGCAAUGAGCCUUGAAGGAUCGGUAGACUCUGAUCGAAACCCAAGACGCAACAAACAUCAGCGAUGUCUCCAAGUUGACAGUGACGAUGAGGAUGACGAGGAAAGCAAAGAGUAAAAGUAAUGCUUAUUGUUCACUGGCACUGUGGUGGUAGCAGCAGAAAGCAAGUGUUCAAGUAUUUGUCGCCUCAAAAUGCACACAACCUGGUACAAAACCCAAACCAUUGGAAGCUGUCUUGGGAUGGUUACAAUCAAUACGGGUGUAAGUUGGAGGGUGUGUAGGGCAUCAUGGAGAUUGAUAUUGCCAUGUGUAACCCAACUUCUUUACUAACAGUGCAGCAAUAUUAUGUAAAAGUAUAUUUGGGAUCCUAUGUUGUAGCUGUGUGUUCUGUCUGCUGGUGGUGGGUAUGAAUCUAUCACCCCAGGACACAGCACCAGUGUGACAUCCAAGUUGCCAUAAUUUUACUUCAAUGGGGUAGCUAGCUAUGGAUUCGUGGGUCUGGGCUCGAUCCUAUCCCAGGGCAGUCAGCAGCCAGCUCUAAAUCUUCCCUGUCAAGCUGGUCAGUAAAAUGAUCCCUGGGGAAGGUAAACUGUGGUAACCUGGAUGUCACAUUUUCUGUGUCCCAGGGUAAUAGGUUUUUACCCACCACAUGUUCAAGGGCAGAUGAAACAGAGAAGAGCAAAAAGGCCAUGCAUUGCUUGGUAUAUGCUGCAACUUUACCUUUUACCAGUUUAUCUUCCCUAGGUUUCCCAGGUCCCCAUUUAUUGAUUUAUUGUCAAACCUGAAAGGGAGGAUAAACAGCUGGGUGGGCUGUGAGCCGAUUGCCCAGGUUGGGAUCAAACCUGUGCCUACAGAUUUGUAGCUAGGGUGGCCAACUACUCCCAUCUUGGUAAAUAUAUAUGGCAAUAUUGAUUAGUCUUAAAUUCAUGCCUUAAAAGAAAAUUGAAUCGAUAUGAUAUGAUUAUCUUGUACUUAAAUUAAAAAAGAAAAGCUUUUGGUACCAUGGAAGUACCAAAACUUAGUAAGGGUUUCAGAGCACAGUGUAGCAUUGGUUGCAAUGAUGGCUUGUUGCCCAAGAGUACCACAGUCAUGCUGUUGCAGCAAUCAGUGGCAAUAAAAUUGGUGUUGCAUAUCUAAAAUCAGCAACAGUUACCUUGAAAGCUUCAGGCUGUGUAAUAUGAAUAUGACUUUUUUUUCCCAAUGUCAUAUUCAUGUAUAUAAGUUAGGAUGUGUAUGUAUAUGGGAUUUAGGAUACAGCUUCAGAAACUAUUUAUAAUACAAUAAUUAGUAUUGUAAAAUGGGCCAAUUUGGAUCACUUCUGUACAUUUUGAAGAAAAUUAUAUAAAACUUAAUGUUACUAUUAAAUAGAUGAAAAGGUAUACUUAUAUGUAGAAGGUAUCCAUUUGUUUUUUCAUAGAAUCAAAAUUUAAAUAAACUGAGCAGAACACAAAAGGCUGGUCAAAAUUGCCCCACAACAAAUAUGCAGUGGAGCAACACAGACUAGUAAGACUAACAUUAAAUUUCUGACGUUUAUGCAAAGAAAAAACAACUGCUAACAACAAAGUCCUUGGUUGAGGAACAAUGUGAAUAUCAAUUUUGUAAAUAUCUAACUUUCAGCUUCAUUACUAUUUGGUCAUCCUCAGUCAGUUCAGUGUCUGGAUUUGCAGAGAAAUUAAAAAUGAUUUGGUUAAAAAUUGAAAAUUAUACUGCAGAUAAAGUUAUCUUGACAAUAACUACAUUAUUACCUUUAUGAUUUAGUUUCCAUGAGUCGGGUUGUUCUGCAGAGCUUGCUGCAACUUUCAACACUGGCACAUCUUAACAGCAGUUGAGUUAAAAAAGUUGAAUACAGGAUUAUACUGAUUUUCAUUAUAUAAAAAUUAAUUUGGUAACAAUAUUCUCAGUUCCACAUGUCUGAGGAAAAGACUAAGCAUUUUAUUUAUAAAUAUCCAUUUAGUCAGAAUUGUCUGAACUGCCCUUUGUGGUCCAAUUUGCCCAUUUUACAAAAAUGAAAUGUGUAUUACAAUGAAAUAAAAGUAAAAUUUCAUUGCUUAGGGCAAGUAUAAGUAAAAAAAAACAUUCUGUGAUAACAAUGCUAUCUUACACUAAAGAUGCUGAGCUGUUUACAACAAAUAACUUGCAGAAAUCUGAGGGAAAGAUGAACAAGUGGCAAAAAUUGUUUACAUAAUACUUAUUCUCCAUCAAAGCAACAAGAGUUUGCAGAAAUGGAUGUCAUGUAAAUGGCCAUGAACUUUAAAGUUUGUGCAGAUGUUCAGCAUACUUGGGUGGUUCCUCAGUACCCUGCUGGUACAAGUUUGCUCCUGCCAAUUGCCAAAUCUGUAGUCGAUAUAUUUCAAAUAGCAUGCUGUUUUCUCCUAUUUUAAUACUCAUAACUGUGCAUGUGAGUUUGGUUCAAGUGGAGAUAGCUACAGCCAGUGUCUCCUAGAGGUGGCUGGACGAAGGGGGGUCAGGUGGAGGGAAUGUGUUGGCUCUCGGCAGGUAACUAGGCGUCACAAAUCUUUCCCGAUCUUUCAGGUGCUCAGAAAGUCUGGAGCUUAUCCAAAACAUCGCAUCCAAACUUUCAUAUGGAAAGAAAUAUAUUUUACUGGAUGGGUUUUUCUUUGAUAGUUAAUUCAUAAAUAGGGCUCAACUUGCCACUUGGAAGUAUACUAUUGUGGUUAUGAUCAGCAUGAUCUUUUAUAACACUAGUCUCAACCUGCUUCUCAUAAACCUAAAUGUUUUCUAUUUUUUUUUUGUGCCAAAAAUGAUUUUUUUCUGAUAUAAAGCAGCAUAUAAUAUUAUACAUAUAUAUACAUAUAUAGUUUAGUUGUUGCACUCUUAUUCUUUAUUGUACAGAAAGUUUAUUUAUUUCUGUAAUUUCCUGUACCUGGCAUAGUGUUAAGUAUUAGUGCUUUAUGAAGUUCAUUUGUAUAAAGUUCAUACAUUAUCAAUUUAUUAUGAAAACAUCAUCACCUUUCUGAGAGUGGAAUGUGUCCUGGACACUCCUCCACCACUACCUCUGGCAUACUUCUUUGUUUUUCAAUGACACUUUAUUAAUAUAAGCAACAAUAAAAUGUAUAAGGCAUU